AAUAAUGUAGCUCCUGGACAAUGUUGGGCGUUUAAAGGCUCAGCUGGAUGUAUUGCGAUUAAAUUGCUAAGUCCAAUUUACGUAACUAGUGUCACACUCGAGCACAUCACGGUUCAUAAAUCACCAAAUAGCAAGACUACUUCUGCACCUCGAUGUUUUUCUGUUUGGGGAUUGAAAAGUAUAAAUGACAAAGAAGGAUAUUUUUUCGGUAAAUUCAUGUAUGAUAAUUGUGCAUCACCAAUACAAAACUUUCCAAUAAAGAAGAAAUCCAACGAGUCGUAUGAGAUAAUAGAACUUAAAAUUCAUUCCAACAGUGGAAAUCCUAAUUACACUUGUCUCUAUAGAGUUCGUGUUCAUGGAGAACUUGAUUUGUAA